AUGACAUCGCAAAUUUCACCGGAUAAAAUGGGAACUGAUGUCGGCGAUCGUCUAGUCAACAGCCUUCAAAACCCAAGCGGCUGCCCUUGCGGCUGGUAUGUCUACUACUCGACUGUCUGUGGACAUGUGUACCAGGAGGUGAAGUACCAAUGCGGUGCGUACCAAAACGUGGAAUACGAAAGCGGCAAUAAAACUAGACCAUCUGGUCGCGGUAGAUUCUGCAAGACUCCGGCACCGAAAAACAUCGUCCAGGGGGUGCAGAUCAACGCCAAGUGCCAGUAUUGCUGA